GUCGGGUCGCCGCCUGUCGCCGCUGUGGGUCGGACGGAUCCUGCUGAGGUGGGGGUCCUGGAAGAGGAGAGGUAUGAGGGUCUGUGUGUUGGGGGAAGGUUGAGCUCACAGGAAAAAUAAUGCCCGUGAGUGAUUUGAGACACCGGCGAGGACCUGGAUGUGUGCAAAGUGCAAAAGACAUCUCUCCCCCACCACUGGUCGACCUCAGGUCUCAGCUGAAUCCGCCAUUGCAGGGCCCGGUGAUGUUUGAGGAUGUGGCCGUGCAUUUCUCCUGGGAGGAGUGGGGUCUCCUUACUGCCACCCAGAGGGGCCUGUACCGUGAUGUGAUGCUGGAGAACUUUGCGCUCGUUAGCUCACUGGGUUGUCUGUGUAGAAUGAAGGAUGAGGAUGCGCCUCCCAAGCAAGUGAAGAGUUGCAGAGUCGACCUGUCAGAGAAGCCUUUUGUGUCUGAGAGGGAUUUGUCCAUAUCUUCCAGCUGUGUUCGGAAGCCUUUGCAGAAUCAGCUCAGAAUUCAGAUCUCUAAAAUCUAGGAUAUGUAGGUAAGUUCCAGAUGAAACCAGUUGGGUAAGGUGGGUGAGUGCAGAAAUACUGAGUGAAGUAAUAUAAACGGGGUCUAGGAAAGUGGAGGGCCUGAGGCACUCGUAGGGAGACGUACACAGUAUUCCAGCAACUGUGUUUCCUGGGAGGAUUCCAGACUCAUCAGGAAUUGCAGGCUGUUCUCUGUGGCCAGGAACGCUGGCAGUACGUGAUCUCCAGGUUUUUGAUUCUUAGCCUCCUUGAGCUGAUGUCCUGGGACUGAGAGAAGGAAGAUCCAGUCAUCUUGGGAUGUGGCUCCUGGGCUGCAGCUAGUGCUCCCGUGUCUCCAGAUACUGUGGCCUUCAUCGUUGCACAGUUUUUCAGCCAUGGUGGCCGGGCUUUCCCUCCAGAGCUCCAAGAAGAGAGAUGGUAGGAUCAAUAUAUGGGUCAGAUCUUCUAAAUUGUGGGGUCUUGUGAUUUAAAAAAAAUUGGAAACUGUUUCCCCAAAAGAUAAAUAAAAUGUCACUUCAGCUAAA